GAGUCCUUUCCUGAAAAUGAGAUUGGAUACAAUUGGUCUUCUCAGCUUCUUCUUGCACCUGACAGGCGCAAUUCUGGAUAUCACUCUGGUGGCCAAUGUUCUGAGUCCUUCACACAACAACUUCUACCUGUCCUGUGUGACAGGCGAGCGGAACAUCAGCCUCCAGAUUGACAGAGACAAUGCCAUGAUCAAGACCACAUCCAAGUUCCAGAUAUACAAGAACAGCAGCAAGGAAGUCCAUAUGCGAGGUUUUUCUCGAGCAGGCCUGGUGGGCAUCACAUACUGCCUGGGGAAGACACAGUCAGAGCAAACUAGAGUUGUUUAUGUACACAACGACAUCAACGCCAACCUGGUCCCAGAGAAAGUGACCCACACAAUCAGUCUUUCCCAAUCAGCCAUACUUGUUGCCAGGAUAAAGAACGGGAAGAAAACAGAUAUCUGGUGGAAAAGGAAUGGGACUUACUAUGACACAAUGCACCAGGGUGAGCUAAAGGAGAAUAAGUCCAUUCUGGUCCUGUCGUCUGUUACCAUGGCUGAUGGUGGGAUUUACAGUGCCACAUUUAUAGAGGACAGCCCUUUGUCAAGUGCCUUCUUCAGACUGAUUGUGCGAGGUUGUGCAGCCAAGAAAUGGGGUUCAUUUUGUGACAAAGACUGUCCUGAUUGUCUGAAUGGGGGCAUCUGCCAUCACACUGUGGGAGAAUGUAUCUGUCCUCCAGGAUUCAUGGGCACCCGCUGUGAAAAAGCAUGUAGGGAAGGCCAGUUUGGGCGAAACUGCCAAGAGAGGUGUCUUAGUGAGCAGGGCUGCAGAGGCUUAUCCUUCUGUCUGCCUGACCCAUAUGGCUGUUCCUGUGCCGCUGGGUGGAGUGGAGUACAAUGCAACUCAGCUUGUUCCCUUGGCAAAUAUGGUCCUGACUGUACCCUGGAGUGUAACUGCCAGAAUGGAGGCACCUGCAAUCGAUUCAGCGGCUGUAUCUGUUCAUCUGGUUGGCAUGGACAGCAUUGUGAAAAGUCAGACCGUAUACCCCAGAUCAUCAACUUGGCGUCUCACUUGGAGUUUAACUUAGGCUCCCAGACCACAGUUACUUGUAUAGCAACAGGCAAUCCACCUCCUGUGCGUGAUAACAUUGAACUACGCAAGCCCGAUGGAACAGUGAUAAUGCCCACAAAAGCCAUCAUGGAAAAGGACAUGACAACCUGUGAGUUUCAAGUGUCACAAGUAGUCUCUUCUGACUCUGGCCUCUGGGAAUGCCGUGUUUCUACCACUGGGGGUCAAGACAGUGGCAAGUUCAAAGUUACUGUGAAAGUGCCUCCAGUGCCAUUAUACCCUCCCAGACUUCUGGCCAAAAAGAGCCAACAGCUGGUGAUAUCCCCUGCGGGGCCUAUUGUAGGUGACGGACCCCUCAUCUCCAUCAAAGUUCUAUAUAAACCUCAGAUUGGAAGUAGCUGGUCAUCUAUUGAAGUUGAUAACAUCCAGAACAUCACGCUCAUGAACCUGCGACCUGUCACAGCCUACAUUGUUAAGGUCCAGCUAACACGUCCUGGAGAGGGAGGAGAAGGUGCCACAGGCCCAAGUACUAUCAUGGCAACAGAUUGCAAAGAACCAACAGCCAAACCUGUAAUUGAAGGUUCAUUUUUUGAAGGGAGCAACAAUCUACGUGUAAACUGGAAUUUGCCCAAAAGUGACAAUGUGGGUUCGGGAUUUCUUGUCAGGCUCUAUGAUGCAUCCAAAGAGCUUGUACAUCAAGAAAAUGUUACUUCCAUGAUUGUGCAGUCAGCAUAUAUUCCGAAUCUCAAAUUCAAGGAGGACUAUAGCCUAGAAGUAAUGGUCUAUCACUGUACCAGCUUGGGACCACCAUCUGAUCUCCACACAUUCAUGAUCAACAGUAAAGGACCCUCAUCACCACGCUCUCUCUUGGUGAACCCCCUCUCUGAUAACUCCAUCAGGCUAUCCUGGCUAGCUCCUGAAUACUCUAAUGGGGGCAUCAACAAAUACAUUGUAGAGGUGCAACAGCUGGGAGGCAGCAAUGAUCCACACUGGAUAGACACAGAGAAUGGCAGGGAUACCACAAAGAUUAUCACAGGGCUUAAUGCCAGCACAAUCUACCAGUUUCGGGUGCGAGCCAAGUCUUACGUACUGGGCGAGUGGAGCGAGCCUGCGAAAGCUGAAAUCCUGGGUGAUGGAGCCCUGAGCCAAGUGCCUACCCUAGAAAGUAAAAACUUGCCUCCGUCUAUCAUGGACCAGCAAUUGAUAUUAGCCAUUGUGGGCUCUGUCUCUGUCACCUGCCUGACCAUAUUGUUUGCUCUCCUGGCCCUUUUCCUCAUCAAGAAGAAUUGUUUUCAUCGCCGCCGCACCUUUACCUACCAGUCUGGCUCAGUAAGUGCUGUUGUCCCUGGCCCAUUCGCCUUCACUUCUCCAAUGAUCUUGACUCCUUUCCAUCAGCAUCCUCAUUCUUUGGCUCUCUGGGUUACCUGCAACCAUUCUCUCCCCCAAAUCCUCUCACAGGGAGAAGAAACUAUUCUGCAAUUCAACUCAGGCACCCUGACCUUGACCCGCCGGCCCAAACCACAGCCUGAGCCACUCAGCUAUCCCAUCCUGGAGUGGGAAGACAUCAAGUUUGAGGACAUGAUAGGGGAAGGGAACUUUGGACAAGUCAUCCGAGCCAUGAUCAAGAAAGAUGGCCUGAGAAUGAAUGCUGCCAUCAAGAUGCUGAAAGAAUUUGCCUCUGAGAAUGAUCACCGGGAUUUUGCUGGUGAACUUGAAGUUCUUUGCAAGCUGGGGCAUCAUCCCAACAUCAUCAACUUGCUGGGAGCCUGCGAGAACAAGGGUUACUUAUACAUCGCUAUUGAAUAUGCACCCUAUGGGAAUUUGCUGGACUUCCUACGCAAAAGCCGAGUGCUGGAGACAGAUCCUGCCUUUGCCAGAGAGCAUGGGACGGCCUCAACCCUCACAUCCCAGCAGCUCUUGCAGUUUGCAUCUGAUGUAGCCAAAGGCAUGCAGUAUCUGAGUGAAAAACAGUUUAUCCAUCGAGACCUAGCUGCCAGAAAUAUACUGGUUGGUGAAAACUUGACCUCCAAGAUUGCUGAUUUUGGUUUGUCCCGAGGAGAAGAAGUUUAUGUAAAGAAGACAAUGGGACGUUUACCAGUUCGUUGGAUGGCCAUUGAAUCCUUGAAUUACAGUGUAUACACAACUAAGAGUGAUGUGUGGUCUUUUGGGGUCCUUUUGUGGGAAAUUGUGAGCCUGGGAGGGACACCAUAUUGUGGCAUGACAUGUGCUGAGCUUUAUGAAAAGCUGCCACAAGGAUACCGCAUGGAGAAGCCUCUCAAUUGUGAUGAUGAAGUGUAUGAAUUAAUGCGUCAGUGCUGGCGGGACCGGCCAUAUGAACGUCCACCAUUUGCUCAGAUCUCAGUGCAGCUCAUUCGCAUGCUAGAAGCUAGGAAGGCAUAUGUGAACAUGGCAUUAUUUGAGAACUUCACUUAUGCAGGAAUUGAUGCAACGGCUGAGGAGGCAUGACGA